AUGUACACUUUGAAGAUAAGACUUGAACAUGGAUAAGAGAAUUUAUUAUAAACUUUACAUUGUAAUACAAAAUCAGAUUCUAAUGUUAUUAUUGCAAAUGUUUAAUAACAUUAAAAUAUAAUUAGAGAUCCAAUCUCUUCUAAUAGUGAAUAAUAAUUAGUAGAAGUUAUUGCUGCUGAAAAUGAGGGAAUAAAUAUAUUCUAAAGCAAAUAAGAAAUUAAAUCUAUGAUUUAAAGAGCUAGAAAUAAUUCUUCUGCUAAGGGAUUCAUUUAUUCAGAAUAUAAAAUAAAUAAACCACCUGAAUUGAAAUAAGAAAGAUUAAAACGUAUUUGGAUGAUAUCUAAAGGAUAGGAAUUCUUUGAUGAAGUAUAUGGUAAUAUUGAUCCUGGUUUAUAAUUUCUUAAAAAUGAUUGGUUUAUGGGUCCAUUUUAUAGUUAUGAUCCUAAUGAAGAAUUAUUACGUAAAAAUUAAGAAAAUCGUGAUUUGUAAAUUAAUUAAUCAUUAUGACAUUAUAUUGUAUUUAAAAUUUAACAUCAAAUGGAGGCAUUUUUUGAUUUCAGGUAACCAUUCCUAAUCUACUCUAGUUAUUUUGAUGAUCUAAGAAAAAUUUGUUCAAAGGAUACAUACAAAGAAAAAUUAAGGCUGUUUCUAUUUAAUCCAUAUAUGGAAUUAAAAGAGCAUCAAGAAACAGUAGAUCUCUUUAUUGAAUAUGUAUAAUGUUUCUCAUCUUAUAUAUAUAUAGGCUGAAUUAUCACAAGAAUAUGGAAUCACUUUUGAACAUAUGAUCAAUCAUAAUAUUGGUAUUAAAGAACCAUAAUUCUAUCAUUACUUUUUCAAUAAGCUUAAAGAAACAAAUUAUAGAAAAGCUCUUUAAUGUAUUUAAAUGGCUAAGCAGUAUAAUUUAUAUAUAUAAUUAUAAAAUAGAUUCUGCUACUCAAAUUUCGAGUAAAUUGAUAGUAUGAACAAAGAAUUGGAAAAUAUUCUACUCUUCUAAUUUGAGUCUUACUAUCAAUCUAAAAAUUGUUCCAAAAAAUAAAUUGAAGAUAAGCUCAAACAAUUUGAACUUAAAUUUUAUUAAUCUAAAAAUAAAAGAAUCUAAAUACAUAUAGAUGAAUAAUAUAGAAAACUUGAUCUUAAAGCUAUUAUUCAUGAAAUUGAAUCAUUUAAAGAAAAUAAAUGUAAUUACAAUUCAUCAAUACAAAUCCCUAUUUCAUAAUAAUACCAUUUAAAUCCAGAAGAAUCAGAUUAUUUCAAUAAUCAACUAGAAUAAAAAGAAUUCAAACUAAUCAAACCAAAAUUUCAAAAUAAUCGCAAUAAUCUUUAAAUAAUAACUCAAUCCCCUAAUUUCUCAAAUGAUAUAGCUCUAUCAGAAGAAAUCAAUAAACUAACUCCUAUAAGUUCCUCUUCUACAUCCAGUAGAUAUAUAUUUAAAUUAAAUAAUAAUUAUAAUAUAAAAUCUAACCAAUAAUAAAAAUUAAUCAUACCUAUACCCACUAUCAAUUAAUAAAUAAGUCCAUUAAAAUCAUUAAAUAGAAUGAAAUAUAAAAGCAUUUAAAAACUAAGACAAUUAAUUUUUGAAGAUAAUAUAUAAAGUUCUGUCAAAGAACCCUUAAAAUUUGAUUCACCUUAAUGA